AUGUUUAGAUAGAAUAGAAUAAUUGAAUAGAAUAUAGCUGUACUAUAUUAUAUUUAUUUUUUCUGGUGUAAAUCACUGGUUUGGCCAAAGAACACGAGCCAAUGGUUACGUGGCGGCUAAGAUUUGUUGCCGACUUUUUUGUUGCAAACUAGAUAGAGAAAAACAAGACCACAACAAUGGCUACUUUGAAUGUUUUCUCUCAAACAUUGCACCCUACAAUCUCAUCUUCUUUCUGUUGUUCUUCUUCAAAUUCUAACUAUGCUUAUUUCUGUCCAAAUUCUAACACUUCUAAGUUUCAUUUCUUUUCCAAUUCUCUUCUUUCUUCCCUUUCUGCCCCUACUUUUUCUCACUCUUCUAAGACCCAUUACUCAAAAUCAGGUAGUGGAAGUUCAUGGCUGCACAGUAGUUCGCCAUCUGUCAGCAACGAGCAAAAGAACGGUCCUGUACAUUCAGUAUUUCCGUCAUCGCCUGCUCAAGUUUCCUCUGUGCAAGACCUGUACACAUUUAUUUGCUCAGGACCUUUGCUUGACAAAAUUGGUUUGACGCCUGAGAUUGUGGCCGAGUCUAUAGAUAAGUGGUUAACCUACGGGCGACACCUAUGCAGACUGUUUCAGCUUAAUGAACUGUUCUUGAACGAGCCUCAAAAAGUUAGGCUUUAUCAUUACUAUAUACCAGUUUUUCUCUGGUGUGAAAGUGAGAUUGUUCAGCAUCAGUCCAAAUUCAAAGAUGGAGAAGAUAUACCUCCUUUAGUGAUUGGAUUUAGUGCUCCUCAAGGCUGUGGAAAGACGACCCUCGUCUUUGCUCUCGACUACCUUUUCCAAAUGAUUGGCAGGAAGUCUGCAACAAUAUCGAUAGAUGAUUUUUAUUUGACGGCUGAAGGCCAGAAUAAACUGAGAGAAGCUAAUCCAGGAAAUGCACUUCUUGAGUUUCGUGGAAAUGCGGGAAGCCAUGAUCUUCCUAUUUCUGUUGAAACGCUGACGGCUUUAACCAAAAUGUCGAAAGAAGGUAUCAAGAUGAAGUUACCAAGAUAUGAUAAAUCUGCUUUCGGCGGAAGAGGUGACCGCGCUGAUCCUUCAACAUGGCCUGAAAUUGAAGGGCCACUUGAAGUUGUGUUAUUUGAAGGCUGGAUGCUUGGUUUCAAGCCUGUUCCAGUUGAAGUUGUAAAAUCGGUUGAUCCUCAGCUAGAAAUAAUAAAUAAGAACCUCGAAGCUUAUUAUGAUGCGUGGGACAAAUAUAUAAAAUCAUGGAUUGUCAUUAAGAUUAAGGAUCCAAGCUGUGUCUACCAGUGGCGCUUGCAGGCUGAGAUUGCAAUGAGGGAGGCAGGAAAUCCUGGAAUGUCUGAUGAUGAGGUGAAUGAUUUUGUUUCGCGCUACCUGCCAGCAUACAACGCGUAUCUUCCUACACUUUACUCGCAGGGCCCGAAUGGAUCAGAUCCUCAGCAUCUACUAACCAUUGAAAUUGAUGAAAAGAGAAACCCGAUCCUAGGUGCCUAGUUUAACUCGAUGAUAGGACAAUGUUGGGUUUUUCCAUUCUUUGAGAAAAUCGAGAUGAUCAUUCAGAGUUGAUUCGUUUCAUCACUGGUCGAGAUAAGUCGAUGUAUCAGCACUAUUUUCUUUGAAAUGUAUAGAGGAUAUUUUUAUCAGAACAUAAUAAUAAUGCAUAUGGCUUUGCGAUUUAUUGAAAUAGAAACUUUGAUUUCUUGUUAUUGAUA